GGUAAACAAACGCGUGUCCCUAAAAGCGCGUGAGCCACGCGGCUUCGCUCCGGAUCCAUGUCCCAGGCUCAGCCUGUCCGCGCUGCAGGGGGCGCUGGUGCUCGCUGUGCGGCAGGAGUUUGUUGCCGUUGACGACGAUCAGCCGCUGUUGCUCGGUGACGGUGACGAGGUCGCCGUGGUCCCGCCCCUCAGCGGCGGUUAAUCACAAUGGAGCCGCCCGAUUGGCCCGAGCGCAGAGACGUGUUCAAGCUGUGCUCUGACGCACUGUCGCUGCAGGAAGUGGUCGAGGCCGCCAGAAGUCCAAAGUGUGGAGCCGUGUCGGUGUUCCUUGGGACGACUCGUGAGGACGUGGUCAACGGCCAAAAGGUGAUUGGUCUGGAGUAUCAGGCAUAUGAGUCCAUGGUCCAAUCAGAGCUCUCCAAACUGAGCCGUGUCAUCAGAGAGCGCUGGCCCCACGUCAUGCACAUCUGUCUGCACCACCGGCUGGGGUGGGUGUCGGUGGGUGAGGCCAGCGUCAUCGUGGCGGUCUCAGCUCCUCAUCGGCGCGACUCUGAAGAGGCCGUUCAGUUCUGUGUGACUCAGCUCAAAGCCCUGGUGCCCAUCUGGAAGAAGGAGGUGUUUGAGGGGGGACAGUGUAGGUGGAAUGAAAACUCUGAGUGUAGCUGGAGCCAGAACCAUCGAAGCAAAACCAGGACCAAAACCGAGACCAAGGACCAGGACCAGACCCAGGACCACACCCAACCCUGAGCCCACCUCAUACUGCUGCACAGCGCCACCUGCUGCUAAAACCCUGCACUGAAAAUAAAGAUGAAGAAAGAUGAA